GAUGCCGUUUUACUCGGGACAACACUGGCCUGCUGCAUGCCUGGACAUGAACAACAACAACAACCAUUACGCACAGGAGUCCAGCAGAGUCCAUUAUGAUUCUCCCCACACGAUCCACUCGGAGACUCAACGCCGCCGAAAGCGCACGACCUUCAGCAAGGCGCAACUGAACCAGCUGGAGAGGGCCUUCUCUGUCACGCAGUACCCGGACAUCAGAAUGAAGGAGUCUCUCGCCACUGUAACCGGACUACCGGAGUCUAAGAUUCAGGUCUGGUUUCAAAAUCGACGCGCCCGCUACUUCAAGAGCAAGAAACCAACUAGAGAGGACCCCAAAGCCUCCACAGACCAACUUCACCUGCAGACCACCUACACUGCGCCAUCCAGCCCAUCGUGCCCUCAGCAGAUCCCGUCUUUCCUUCCUCCUACUCUCAGCCUACCGUCCACACCAGGAUACCCUGCUCCAAGUUUACCUCAGACCACCAGACUCUCAACAAUCCUGGACAGUCAGUCUACAUCCAGCCUCCAAGGAGGCCCACAAGACUACUACCAAGACGUGUUUCCACACAGUGAGCUCGGUGAGUGGGAUUUGCCAGAGAGUUUAGAGGCAUUCCUCGGAGAUCCUCAGGGAUCUCAGCCGGUGGGCAGUCGCUGCGCUGCAGCUGCGCCUCUCGGGCCCAAAAAGGGCGGCCACAGCCAGCCAGACCAGCAGGGCUCCACGGACGACCUGUUUGAUGUGAACCUCCACGACCUGAUGGACGACUUCAGUCUGUCGAAUCUUGACAUUUCUGCAGCAAUGAUUAAUUAUCUCUUGAGCUGA